CCACCUCCUCCUCCUCCACCUCCAAUGCCCAUGAUGAUCCCCCAAUCAUAUUGUCAGCCAUCUUGUGCUCCACAAUGUUGUGGUCCAGUUUAUCCGCAAUUCCAUAUGCCACCUCCAGCAAGAGCUCCUCCUCCAUGUCCCCAAGGGUGUCCAAGAGCUUGCUAUCCAGCAUGUCGUCCAGCAUGUUGUUAUCCGCCUCCACCACCACCUCCACCUCCUCCUCCACCUCCACCACCUCAAAUGCAAUGUCUACCUCAGUGUGCUCCAGCUUGCUGCAUGGGUAUGAUGCCUGCACCUAUGUAUUAUCAUGCAUCAAUGUUAUGUUCUGCUCCCCCAUGUGCUCCUCCUAGACUUCCCCCUCCUCCUCCUCCUCCACCACCAAUGAUGUAUUAUGCCCAUCCACCACCAUGCAUGGCUCCUUCUUGUAGUGGACCCAUGAUGAUGGCUCCCCCACCUCCUCCACCUCCAGUUAUGAAAACUAUACACUUGCCACCAAUCGUAAUUUCUAGUCCACCACCUCCCCCACCACCACCUCCACCAGCAAGUUGUUACGGUGGAUGUUCCAUGUCUUGUGCACCAGCAUGCACAGCAGCUUGUUGUAGUAAAAAAUAAUCUUACCUCGCUCAUGUCUAAGAAAAUUUAGCCGGUUUUUUGGUUUUAUUAAUGUAAAUAGUUAAUUUUUUAAAAGAAUAAUACUUAUAACAUCGAAA